GUGUAGUGAUAUCGGUCCACUUCGCUGCUCGAACUAUCUAGGACUUGGCUGCGCUUGUCAGUGCGAAUCCUACCUUUUAACCUGCGCGUUUUGGUCGUUUUCGUAUCUAUGAAACACUAACAUUUGGGUGGAGUUUGUAAAUAAAAGCCUUUCCGUCAUGGUGCACAACUAAUCUGUUUGCUCUGUCUUCAUAAGAAGAAGCUCACCUCCUUUAUCCGUUUCAUAGCAGUUAUAGGUAUCUGCUUCGAUUUACAUAGUUUUUUUUUUGCAGAAUUUUAUAGGUGUUUUGUAACUACCAAUUCGGGAAGAUCUUUCUUUUUAAUGAAUUCGGAUAGUGAUGUGUAUCUCGGUCGGGAGAAAGCAAGCAUGAUGAGGAAGAGAGCGCUCCUGCUGAGGAAAGGGUGCAGCUUCGAAAUAACAAGCUCUGCCUCAGAGGACCUGGGAUGCAGGAGAGGAGAGUUCAGCCGGAAGCACUAUGGGUCUGUGGAGCUGCUAAUUACCAGUGACGCUGAUGGAGCCAUACAACGGGCCGGUCGGUUCCGUGUGGAGAAUGGCUCCUCCGAAGAGAUGAGAAGGAAAGCAGAGAUCUGCAAGGCGGGCGUGUCAGGGGUAAACAUCCCUGAGCUUCAGAAUACAAACUACACUCCUGGAACAUGGAGAAGGACAGAUGUCCAUCUGGAGAACCCCGAGUACCAUACCAGGUGGUUCUUCAAAUACUUCCUAGGAAAAGUCCAUCAGAACUAUGUCGGCACGGACACUGAGAAGAACCCAUUUUUCCUGUCUGUGGUCCUGUCUGACCAAAACAGUCAACAGGUCCCUCAGUACCGAGCCAUCUUAUGGAGGAAAUCAGGGACCCUGAAGAUCAGUCUUCCCUACAGUCCCACAAAAACACUAUCUGCUAAGUCCAUUCUAAGUGCCAUGAAUCUUGACAAAUUUGAAAAGGGCCCCAGAGAAAUACUGAGCCCUCAUAUUCAGAAGGACCUGUUGGUGCUAGAGGAACAAGAGGGGUCUGUGAACUUUAAAUUCGGUGUCCUGUAUGCCAAAGACGGCCAGCUGACGGACGAUGAGAUGUUUAGCAACGAAAAGGGAAGCGAAAACUUUGACAAGUUUUUAAACCUGUUGGGUGACUCCAUCACACUGCAGGGCUGGGCUGGGUACAGAGGAGGCCUGGACACAAGAAAUGACACUACAGGAAUAAAGUCCAUAUACACUGUGUACCAGGGCCACGAGCUCAUGUUCCAUGUGUCCACCCUGCUGCCGUACUCCAGGGAUAACAAGCAACAGGUGGAGCGGAAGAGGCACAUUGGGAAUGACAUCGUCACCAUAGUGUUUCAAGAGGGGGAUGACGCCUCUUCAGCGUUUAAACCAUCCAUGAUCCGAUCCCAUUUCACACACAUAUUUGCCUUAGUCAGAUUUGAUAGUAAGAACAACAGCUACAGGCUGAAGAUCUUCUCAGAGGAGAGCGUCCCACUGUUUGGGCCCCCCCUCCCCUCACCACCAGUGUUUACAGAUCAUCAAGAAUUCAGGGACUUUUUGUUAGUAAAACUAAUUAAUGGGGAAAAGGCCACAUUAGAGACGGCUACAUUUGCUCAGAAACGGCAGCGGACACUGGACAUGCUGAUCCGAUCGCUAUAUCAGGACCUUAGUCCCGAUCUUCACAAGGUCCCCUUCUACCCCCAGAACAUGCUGAACCGUCGGUCAUUGAGUGACGUUCUGCCUGAAUCUCCCAGAUCUGCCCGGAAAAAGGAGGAGGCCAGGCAGGCAGAGUUUGUCAGGAUAGGUCAGGCAUUAAAACUGAAGACCAUCGUGCAAGGGGAUGCCCCGACCAGUCUGGCGACGACAGGGAUGUGCCGAAAGGAGCCCUGGGAGCCCCAGCCCUUCUGCAGUAAUUUCCCACACGAGAUCAUAUGCAGUGACUCCUGGGGUCAGUCUCUGCUCGUUGCCACAGAGUCUGGAAUCAUGCUACUGGGCGAGAGUCAUACAGUCCCUACGCAGGUCUUUGACCGAACCAUGCUGGUCAAGCAGAUGCAUGUCCUUGAACCUCAGGACCUCCUGAUCAUGAGGGUUGACAAAGGGAAAGAAGCCCGUCUCUAUGUCUUUCGACUCAGCACCGUCUCCAAGGGCAUAAAGGAGAAGCAGCUCAUCCGCAGCAAGUAUGACAGCAGAGACAGUAAACUUGAGAAGACCAAAGGCUGUCAUUUGUACUCCAUUAACACUCACCACGCGGCGGAGCUGCGUAUCGUGGCAGCCAUUCGCAACAAGUUGCUGCUCAUCACCAGGAAGACGCCACGCCAGGAAAGUGCGAGCGCUGACUCCCCCGUGGAGGAGCUGCAGUACAUCAGGGAGAUCUGUCUUUGCGACCCUCCUGUUGUCAUGACGCUGGUGGAUGGCCCCACUGGUGAGAACGACAACAUGAUUUGUGUGGCGUACAAGCACCAGUUCGACCUCAUUAAUGAGAGCACGGGCGAGGCCUACCGGCUGCAUCACGUAGACGCCAACAAGGUCAACUUUGUGGCAGCCAUUGAUAUGUAUGAGGAUGGGGAAGCUGGCAUUUUCUUGUGCUACAAUUAUAUCUGCUACUAUAAGAAGGUGUGCCCAUUCAACGGAGGUGCCCCCAUAAUGCAGUUCUCCAGUUCGGAUUUCCACUUCAGCUGGAACCAGGUGCCAAAAGCAAUCGUCUGCGCCUUCCCCUACAUCCUGGCCUUCACGACCGACUCCAUCGAGAUCCGCCUGGUAGUGAACGGAAACCUGGUGUACACCGCGGUGGUUCCAGAACUACAGCUUGUCUCAUCGAGGGCAGACAUCUACUUUGUGUCCGCUGCUCCUGUGAACGCUGUCUUCAGCAGUAGCUCCAGGGAAAACAGCACUCACAGCUCCCCUCAGACCCCCACUGAACAGGACAUAUCAGCCUUCCCCCCGCCACUAGGGGACGAUUCUAUUAGGAUCCCCUUUGGAAGCAGGAUCUCCCUGUACAUGUCAAAAGAAGCAGAAGGUGAGACACCGUCUAAACACAUCUUCAAGAUCCCCCUCAGCAACCUUGUGGGACGCGGCAUCGAGAGACCGCUCAAGUCACCUCUUCAGCACAAGGUGGUGACCACGUCAACCUCAAGCAUGGUGGCGGUCUCAACACACCUUCCCGUCCAGCACUCCCUCUCCUGCUCUCGCAUGGAGAUCAAAGAGAUAGCCAGCCGGACACGCAAGGAGCUCCUGGGCCUUACAGACGAACCAAGUGUUAAGCCAGAGGCCCCUGUGAAACCCAAGCAUGUGACCAAGAAGCCAGUGGAGGAGGAUCCAACCACAGACGUGAAACCAUCCAGCAGCUUAAAGAGGGCAGAAUCGCCAUCAGCUGUGGGGCUGGACGUCCAGCUGCACAGCACAUCAAGUCCAGAGCUGGACCUAGAGCCUCCUGGGGAGACACAGGAUGGCCCCCCGCCACUCAGCAUCCCUUUCACUAUCUCUCCCUCCCCUGAGGAAGAUGUCCUGGACUUGAAAUGAAGACAAUCCACAGAAUGUUUCUCUCUUUUUAUAUAAAUCCACUGUACCUCCUUGUUCAGUUUAUCCUUUAACAAAGUAUUAGCAAUGUCACAGGGUGGUUUGACAUUGACUGUGCUGUUGCUGUUCUUGUUUUCGGUCAGGGAAUAUAGUGCUUUACAGUGGUGAGUGAGUGCUUAGCCUGCUGAACCCUACGACUGCAGUAUAGACUGCUCUUUCUUUGACCUCUGACCUCGUGUUUUUAUGCCUGCCCACAUCUUGACCCCAAGAGAAUCACACGCACAGGUCGCCAUGACUUAAGGUGCCCUGCCGGCCCAGACUUCGUGUUACACGGUUACCUUUGAUUUCAGCAGCAUAUUCAUGCCAUGCGCAAGAAUAUAAUUUAAACUAUAUUGUACAUAAACAUCAUUAUACUGCAACCCUGCACUGGGUAAGCAGAUAAAUGAUAAAAUGUUAUUUUUUAUUGUAUUCAAAAUAAAAACUAAAAAACAUAUUAAACAUAUUAAAAUCCAAUAGGGAAUUUUUUACUCAAUCUUUAAGCUAAUUUUAUAGUUUUGACAAUAAAUAUUUAUCUUAUUUAUCAAAAAUAAUAAUACAAAGGUCAAUUUAAACUGGUAAAUGAAUUAAGUCUAGAGAAAAGUGUUUCCCAUCAGGCCAAAGCUAAUGUUAUGCCAGUUUGUCUGCCACUUCCUCAAAUGAUCACUAGGGGGCAACAGGGGCUUCUGUGCUUUUUAUCGCUUGUGUUUAUUUGGUAUAGAGUUUGCCUGUGCCUUAAGUUCUUCUAUGAGCUGUGCACUUCCCUCUUGAGUUGGUUUCUCUUGAGUCUUGAGAUGGUGCACUGCAUGAAAUGACUGCGGCAUAACCUUACUUCUCCAGGAAAAUUGACCUAGUGAUAAGAUUAGAACAUAAGAAAUUUACAAAUGAGAGGAGGCCAUUCAGCCCAUCAAGCUCGUUUGGGGAGAACUUAACUAAUAACUCAGAGUUGUUAAAAUCUUCUCUAGCUCUGAUAUAAAGGAACCCAGGGUUUUAGCUUGCGCUACACUAGCAGGAAGACUAUGCCAUACUCUAACUACACACUGUUUUGUUGUUUGGUCCACGCUGCUCUGGAAACAGUUUCUCAGCCCAGUCCUAGGGGAUCCCCAAACAUUCCACUUUUUUGCUUCUUCCCAGCAUCUAGUAGCGAUCUGGGAGGGAGGAAAAAAUGUGAAUUGUCUGGCUGGCAGUGAGGAGGAAACAAAAACAUGGACCGUCUGGGGGAAGAAAUAGUGACCUGGAAUGACGAGGCUUUAGCAUUCGGUAAGGUAGCUAUGAUGAAUGUCCACACUUUACCUCCUAGUUGCCUUUUAGGCCAUUUCUUGUGAUAAGCUUCAUUCAGGGUGUAAUGCAUCUAAUCAGCCUCUCAGAUGAAGACAACCUACAUGCUCUACAGCUUUUUACAGGACCUGGGCUACCAAGGCUUGCAUUAAUUGGUUUUGAGAUGUGUUGCUCAUGUGUAGAUGGUACAAGAAAAUACAGAAAAGAUGUGUUUUUGAGGAGUGGUUAUAACAGGCACAGCGUUGGUGCCGAGGUCAUACGGGGGGGGGGGGGGGGGUGAGAAGUGUUGCAUAGUGAAAUGGGUUGUUAUGCCUCUCAGUUGUUUGAAUAAGACUAAAUACAAAAAAAAUGUCGGUCACAUCCAGGUCAGGGCAGGAGUGAGCCACAGUCUCCGAGGUCUGGCUUGCUAUUGCUUGGGGCCCACAAUCAGUCCAUGUGUUUGUUCCAUCCCUGCUCCAAGGGAGCAAAAAUGUACACUGUCUGGCAGGGACCUCAGAGGGAGCAAAAACAUGGACCGGCUGCAGGUCCCCGAGGACCGGAUUGGGAAACACUGAAAAUAUAUGAAUCCUCAGUGAAUAUGAAAGCAUGGAGGGAAACAAUCCCGAGACUUUCUUUCUACCCCAUCCUGCAAAUUUGUUCAUUAGGUUUCUAUUGUUUAAUCUGCAACAUGUGCUUUAACUUGGUUUCAUUGACUGAAAUAGAAUCAGAUUUAAUGGAAAACAAAUGCAUGCCUAAUAAAAUUUGUAUUCCACAAUAAACUAAAAGCAGAAGCAGCUCCCCCUGUGUCUGUGGUGUGGGCUAUUGCCCCCCAGUAUUAAGCCGAGCCCCGAGUAUUUUAGUAAUCUUCCUUCAUAAACAAAGAAAGCCCCAGGUAAACUUGACUUAACCCUCGAUCUUUUCAAUAGCUAGAAACUCCCCUGGUUUUUGGCCUCCAUUUUAAAAUAUUCUCAAUCCAGUUGUCAUCUGUAUAGGCUGUGCAGACCUGUACAUGACACUAAUGCCCCCUUUAGCCCUGACCGCAGUAAAUGACUCCUGGAAUAGAGGGUCAGGCAUUUCUGAUACUGAUAGAUAUACUAAAUUUAACAUAAAUUGCGCGGUAGAAUAAAGACAUCGAAUUUGACUUCAAUCGUCUCUUUAAAAAAUACUGGAUAGGUGUUGCCUGUGUUUUAAACUCCUUAAGAUUAUUUAUUUGUAAAGCAUGUGUAAGAUAAAAAACUAAAUGAUGUAGAUUAGAUAAACCAAAAUUGAAAGUGCGUUUCUUUUGCUUUUCCAUUAUUGUGUUGAUUCACACUGAAAAUACUUGUAUGCAUGGCACUUAUAUGCUACUGAAUUUCGUGAUAGUAAGAUAUAAUUUGGUCUGCACUCGUUUCUUUCACAUAAAAGUAUUAGGAGUAAUUUUUCAAAGAGCAGAAUAAUCUGUAAGACCAGGCUGGUCCUGAUUAGUCUCUGGUUCCCAAACAGAAUUUUAACUGCAGCUCAUAAACUUCACUAAGGCGUGAUUUUUUUUUUUUCCCGAAGAUCAGUAAUAAGAUCCUGAAUAUGUAAAUCUCUCACUCCGACUGGCCAUGUGAUACAAUAGCAUUCAGUCAGGUGAAACCUGAAACCUGAAUGAGGCAUUAGCUUUUAGGGUUUGAUGCAGUACCAUAAGCAGUACAUGAUUGGCUUAUUAAUGUAAUAAGUGUUCUUGACAAAGAGCCAGUGAGCUGCCUUUUCUCUACUGCAGGUUGUUACGGAUAAAUUCAGGAUCACCUCGCCUGGAAAAAUAAAACUCACAAGCACUGUAUAAUACCGCCCUCUUGUGGAAAUUUACUGAUUUGUGACAUUUUCUUCAUUUUCUUCUAUUUGAAAUUCCCUCAUCUCUCCUGUAAACCUGUGUAAGUCUGAAAAAGUCAAAGAGUUAUGUGGAAUCACUGAACGUACCAAUUAAGAUGAAUUCAUGUGGUUUUCUUCUGAAACUUUGUACUGUGGUUUUGUAUCUAAAUUUGUAUGUACUGUUUCACUUUGUUAUAUUAAAAAACACCAAGUGUCUUAAAACGUAACAGAUUGCCAUAGUUUUCACAACAAAUUGUAAAUGUCCUUGUUCAAGAUGUGCCCUCAGACAAAGCUGAAUUAUUGUUAUUAUUAUUAGCAUUGGUAUUAUCAUGAUGUCACUGAUAUCGCGGUUUGCUGAUAUUAAAUAAAUAUUUAUUAAA